UGGGCUUUUCCGCUGUCAGGGGUCAAAGGAUGCACAGAGCUAUGCGCAAGCGCAGUCCGGUGUGAGAGGUUCUGAAUGACAUUUAAUGGUACAUUAUACAGUAAAGUGCCUGUGGAGGUAUCAAAAGCUUAACGAGUUUCGCUUUGAAUGAAGUGUGUGGUUUUACACCUGAAGAGAUGCUGGCAUUUUUCCUGAUUGGCUUUCUUGUGCAUCUUGUUUUCUUUGCCUCCAUUUUUGACAUCUACUUUACCUCACCACUGGUCCAUGGAACUACUCCACAUCGAGUGCCACAUUCUCCACCGGCAAAGCGCCUUGUCCUCUUUGUUGCUGAUGGAUUGCGGGCGGAUACAUUUUUUGAGCUGGAUAUGAAUGGCCAGACGCGUUCACCAUUUCUCCGGGAUGUGAUCAAGGAGAGAGGAAGUUGGGGUGUGUCUCACACAAGGGUUCCCACUGAAUCCAGGCCUGGUCAUGUGGCUUUGAUUGCAGGGUUUUAUGAAGAUGUCAGUGCUGUUGCUAAAGGUUGGAAAGAGAACCCAGUUGAAUUUGAUUCUGUUUUUAAUGAGAGCAGACACACCUGGUGCUGGGGAAGCCCUGACAUUUUACCAAUGUUUGCAAAAGGUGCCAGUGGUGACCAUAUUUAUACUCACAUGUACCCAGCUGAAAAAGAGGAUUUUGCUGCUGAAGAUGCAUCAAGACUAGACACUUGGGUAUUUAAUGAAGUGAAGAACUUCUUUCAAUAUGCCAAGAGUAAUGAAACACUUUCAAAGAAAAUGAAAGAAAAUCAGGUUAUUUAUUUCUUACACUUACUUGGCCUGGACACCAAUGGACAUGCUCAUAGGCCAAAGUCAAGUGAAUACAAGGAAAAUAUUCGAACAGUAGAUAAAGGUAUCCAAGAAGUUGUAUCUGUCAUUGAAGAUUUCUAUGAAAAUGAUAAGAAAACUGCCUUUAUCUACACAUCUGAUCAUGGGAUGACAGAAUGGGGUUCCCACGGUGCAGGGCACCCUUCAGAAACCCUCACCCCACUUGUUACAUGGGGAGCUGGAAUAAAUGGGCCUCAGCCAGGUUCAAACCAACAGUUUCAGGAUAAUUUUCUACAAGAAUGGAAACUGGCUGAUAGAAGAAGAUUAGAUGUAAACCAGGCUGAUAUUGCUCCAUUGAUGGCUUCUCUCAUCGGAGUCCCCUUCCCUCUAAAUUCUGUGGGCAUUUUACCUUUGGAAUAUUUAAACAACAGUGAUCAGUUUAAAGCUGAAUGCAUGCUGACAAAUGCCUUGCAAGUACUGGAACAAUUUAAGGUUAAGAUGACUCACAAGAAAGAGACCACUCUGUCCUUCUUGUUUAGCCCCUUCAAACCCCUUCCGCUUUCUAAAGAACAGGACAUGCUUCGAACAGUGAGAUUGUACAUACAGCAACAUCAGUAUGAUAAAGCAAUCAAACUUUGCACGUCUCUAAUAAAACUUGGUCUGGAAGGACUCUCUUAUUAUCAUACUUACGAUCGUAUAUUCUUGGGGAUUAGUGUAGCUCUUGGAUUUUUGGGCUGGAUAUCCUUUGUUUUUGUGCUAAUUGUCAAAUUCCACACAAGAUUAUCUAAACCAAUCUCCAAACUGGACAAGCUGUCGACUGGCAAUCACCUUCCUGUGAUAUUCAUUGGAGCUGGUGUUAUCAUAACGUCGUUUCUGCUGAUUCAGAGCUGUCCAUGGACAUAUUUUAUUUAUUGCCUGCUGCCAGUCGCAGUCUGGUAUGCAGUCAUAAAGGAGUUUAGAGUCAUUUGUGAUGUAAUCAAUUCAUUUUCAACACAUCACCCUAUAAAAUCCCUUGGCUGUUCACUGCUUUUUAUUCUGGGGAUUGAAACUUUGAUUGCGAGUUUCUUCUACCGUGAAGUUCUUACACUUGGUCUGAUUGCCUUUGCUGGCUGGCCUCUACAAUCCAAGCUGUUUUAUCACAAUAAGGCCAUGUCUUUAAGCUGGAUAUUUUUCUGCUUAGUCCUGGCUGUAUUUCCAUUGAUGCCAGUUCUUGGAAGAAGUCCUAAUAUUACUCUUGUAACAGGAGCUGGAUUACUCACUGUCAUCUGCACUUUUGUCUUUUUCACUUCAAUCAAGAUGGAAAAGCAACAAACAGUUGAGGCUACAGUGACCAAAAGUGUAUACAUUGUACAGAUCCUGCUCAUUGUUCUGUCAAUCUAUAUUGUGAACAGCACAUACUCCAGCUUGGUUCUUAAACAUGGAGUGCCUUUAGUCAACCAGAUUAUCAGUUGGGCAACUCUAGCCUCCUCCUUACUGAUACCUUUGCUUAGUUCUACACUUCUCUUUCAACGACUGCUGAGCAUUUAUCUGUCGUUGAUGUCCACCUACCUCUUGCUCAGCACGGGAUAUGAAGCUUUAUUUCCACUCCUGCUGUCGUGCUUGACAUUUGUCUGGAUUCAUCUGGAACAAGAGACAAUCCAGCUUCACCAUGUUUCUCCAGUUCCAAAGCUGUCCCAGAUGGAUUUCACCCAGAAGGCUGACAGCACUGAAAUUCGACUGCUCAGACUAGAUGAUAUAAGACGUUCUUAUUUCUUUAUUUUCUUCAUUGUGACAGCUUUCUUUGGCACUGGAAAUAUAGCCUCUAUCAACAGUUUUGAUCCUGCAUCUGUCUACUGCUUCCUGACAGUUUUUAAUCCUUUUACAAUGGGAGCAUUAAUGAUGUGGAAGAUAUUAAUUCCUUUUGUAAUCGUGAUGUGUGCAUUUGAAAGUAUUCAAGUUUCAACUCAGUUGUCAUCAAACAGCCUUUUCUUGAUUGUUCUUCUAAUCUCCGACAUUAUGGCUUUGCAUUUUUUCUUUCUGGUUAAAGACAAUGGAAGUUGGCUGGACAUUGGAACCAGUAUCAGUCAUUAUGUCAUCGUGAUGUCCAUGACCAUAUUUCUCCUGCUCCUAAGUCGGUUGGCUGAGACACUGACCAGUCGGAGAAUUAGGCUUCAAGGAAAACUCAAGCAGCAUUUCACAUAGCUUGUUGAGCAACUUGGAUUGAAUCUGAUGCUCCAUUUGAACUGCGGAGCUGAAUUUAGCAUUGGAUUAAAAUGGGUAACAUGGUGUGCAGUUGAUCACGCCAGCCUCAGUCCUUGUAUCAUUUGCCUCAUAGGGACAAUAAGCAUCUGAAUGCAUGAAACAAUUUUCAUAAACUUUAAGUGACCAGAGGUUUGUACUGACAUUGGCGUGAUUUGAAUUAAAUGAUGUAAAAGCAAUAUGCAAUUGCUCUGGGAUUACUGAGACAACUGUUAAAUUCAGUAAAAAAAAACCACAAUUUUAACCUGGUGAAAUGUCUGUAACCAAAUUAAGCAAUUUUAUGCAUUUUGCAAGGACAGUUGCAUUCAUAAUAACCUAAAUUUACAACCAGUCUGGGUUAUGGAGGCAUUGGCAAACUAUUUUCAGCUGGUGAUCAUUACAUUUUGGUGAUAGGGAUUGGUUCUGUGCUCUAUUGAAUAGCCAGAAUGUGGAAUUGGCAAUGUGGUGGAAUAGUGGAGGUAGCAAGUCUGUGGGGGAUUAUUCAAGAAGAGGAAUGUCAAAUUUUAAAAAAAGAAAUGCCUAAAAUGAAAUGUGUAUUGAGAAAAGAUUCCAAGCUGAAAUGGGAAAUCUUCUGCAUUUGAUCUGAUUAAGCAUUUUGAUUCUUUUGAACUCGGUUUGAUACAUUGGGACAUGUUCUACCUGCUGCUCUGCAUUUGAACAUGCUAUGUCGUGAAUUUCAGGGGAGUGGUAAUGUAAGUCAUACCACAGAUUUGACAUGUCUGGUGUCAAAUUUUAAUUAAAUAGUAUUAAAGUUGAUGCUGUUAAGACAUAACUAGAUCAAGAUAGAGUUCAAGACUCUAAAUUUGGGUAAAUAUAUGUAUUUGCCUGGCACAUGUGGUUUCUGGGAUUUUUGUCUGAGAGAAAAUCGUAAUGGCUAUGCAUUGCCUGUUAUUAGUUGUAAAAUGAAACUCUGCCCUUUUUCAUUCCUCUCAGUAAGGUUGAAAUUUAUAAUGGUCUUGAUUUGAAUAUGUUGCACCCAACUUGAAUACUUGUAGACUUCUUGUACAAGAUCUGGAUUCUUAUGUGAUUUGACUUGAAUAUAAAGAAUUCAAACAUUUUUAGUUGUUCCUGGAAUCUCAGGCCACAAGAACAUUCAUUCCUAUGUGUAAUGUUUUGGGUUGUUUCAAACAUUUGUAAUUCUUUAAAUAAAGAUUUUUAUCCCUCUAACCACUUUAAGUGUACUUCUUCAUAGCAAUUUAUUUCAGCUGGUUAUUCUUUCCUU